GAAUGCGACCUCCGGAAGAAGAGAAGCAGUCGCGGGCGCGGCAGAUUUGAACGUAUACAACAAGAUUUACAGUGAGAAAUGGCAAGGGAUACAUCAGCUUCAUAAGAAAAAAAGAAUGCAGUGUGAUCUCCUCUGGACCAGUGAUGAUUCUUUAAGUUCCUUGACAUGUACAUAUGUACCUUCAUUCAUCUGUCAACAUUACUACCUCUCCUUCUCACCAUGAACAUUGUGCUUUGUAUGGCAGCAUGUAAUAAUGCAGAAUAUGAAAUUAAUGGAGAGUGUUGCCCAAUGUGUGAUCCAGGAAAAAGAGUUAAGAACCAUUGUGAUGUGUACACAAGCACAACAUGUGAUUCAUGUCCUGCGAUGACCUACACUGAUGUCCCUAAUGGAUUCACAAAAUGUCUGGCAUGUUUUGUCUGUGAUUCAAGUAAUGGGCUGAGAGAAAAGCGGGCAUGUACGUUAAUAUCAGAUACAGUGUGUGAACCUCUGCCAGGUUAUUACUGUAUAGACUUGCUCUCAAACUGUAAAACGGCCAUGAAACAUUCAACCUGCUCACCUGGACAAUACAUCAACCAGACCGGAACAGAAUUUAGUGAUACAGUGUGUGAUGACUGUCCUGAUGGUUCAUAUUCAGAUGGUACAUUCUGCAAAUUGCAUACAAAGUGUGAAUCUCUUGGAAAAACAACAGUCAAAGCAGGAACUGAGACAUCUGAUGUUGAAUGCAGUAAAGGAACACCUUAUUUACAGAUUGUGAUUCCAUCUAUGUGCAGAGUGUUUGUGGUGCUUGUCAUAAUUGCAAUUGUUAUAAAGAGAAAAGAUAAGCAUUACAUUGGAGCAAGUCAAGUUACUCCUCCCCAAGAUUUGGAUCUGUACACCCAAGCAGUUUCCUCCAACACAGUGUAAAAAGACUGACAUGUUCAUAAACCAACAAUUAAAGUGAUUUGCUUGUGGUCACUGACAAUUUCUUAUGUCUUAUAAUUGUAAGUGUACAGCGCAUUGUAGUGCCAUCCCAAAGGCACAAAAUCACUUUUACAGACUCUUAAGCUACCUGUUCCCUGCUGGUGGAAUGACCUGC